AAAUAAUAAUAAUUAUUUAAGUUUGUUAAAACUGAAUAAAAAUAAUUAAAAAAAAACAUACCUUAAAAAAAGUGGUAGAGAAAUAAUAACAGUGCGGUUCUGUCAAACACUGCGUCGCUUAUCAGCCAAGCGGACGCCGACGUCAUUUUACCGCGUGUUGCCGUGUCAAAGUGAAUUUGUUUUAAAUUUUUCUAGCUUUUCACAUUGUCAGUUCGGAUUUCAGUUCUCAAGUGACUGCAAUAUUAUUUAUUGACUUAUAAAUAAAUUUUUUUCAACAAAAUAAUUUUUUUUAAACGAAAGUGACAGCACGUGAGUCCGGCCACGCGUUCGAGGUUAAUUUAACGCGCGUUUUAAAAUUAAUAAUAACAAUUACUGUUGUUUAAAUAAUUAUUUGAAUAUUUAUUUAUAUUAAUAAAUUAAUAAUAGUUUUUGUGAUUGUUAAAAGUGGUUGUGAGGGCCCACCAAGCGUCCUUGAAGUUGCUGUCUACCUGACAAAGAAAUAAAACGGUCACGAUUUCGUAAAUCCACAGCGACAAGAGUAAGAGAGUGUUGGUGGGACUAAAUUCGGUUGCCGAUUCUCUCAAAUAAAUAUAAUACAUUUUAUUUUAUUUAUCGAUAUAAUACUACUAUGCUGGCGUCUGCAGCUGUUAACACUGACCAGAGGAUAGCCAUGGAUCGGACAGCGAGAGGUCGAUUCCAAUCCUCGGGCAGCACCGAUGACGACCAAAGUGGAUCGGAUAUAGAUCACGAAAAUUCAUCACUCCGCGGUCGAAAACAAAGAAUAUUGCUUCACUCCGUCGCGCACGGAGUGCGUAAACGUCGUGGCAACUUACCUAAACAAUCUGUUAAAAUUUUGAAGCGAUGGCUGUAUGAGCAUCGUUACAACGCCUAUCCAAGUGACAAUGAAAAAACAUACCUCAGCAAAGAAGCUAAAUUGACUAAUCUUCAGGUGUGUAACUGGUUUAUAAACGCGAGGCGUCGUAUUCUUCCGGAAAUAAUAAGACGUGAGGGUCAGGAUCCUCUGCAAUACACAAUUUCACGUCGCGGCAAAAAGAUGCCAGGUGGAAAUCAUCAUCACCAGCAGGCGGCUGGUUUAAGUCCCAAUGCGAGUCGCGGCUGGGAUACAACAAUGUCUAACAGUCCCUCUACAGCACGCAGACGCAGCCGUGAUUAUGAGGAUCACGUUAUGUACAGAAGUGAGGAAGACAGUCCAAAUGAUUAUGAAAGUAGUUCUCAUAGUGAAGAAGAACGUCCAUCAUCACAAUGGCCAAGUGUUAUCGUAUAUCCAUAUUCAGAGACUAAAGUUGAGCCGUCAAAUGAAUUAAAUUACGACGAGGCAAUAAAUUACCCUGCACGACGAGGAGAGGAAUGUCAAGACAACAAACCAGGAUACUGGAGCGCACCGCGAGCGCACUUAUCCUCAGAACGGCAAGGAGAGCCCUGUGGAAGCAGUUCCAGUAAUAACAAAUUUUACUCGCUCAACGAGAUAAAUGACAAAUUGAUUUGCCAAAGCGUGACAGGAUGGGUCCCUAAUAAAGACAACAAGGGUCCGUACGCACAAGACAUCCCGACAUCGAGCUUAGUACUGCUGGUGAACACAGCUAUUGCUCUUGAUAAGUGGGAAAAUCAAGUUAACUCUGCUCAGUAAAUUCAUUAAAAAGAUUAUUUUUAACCAAUUAAUAUCAAAUAUCACUUCAUUUUUUUAUUAAGUAAAAAUAUUUUUUUUACCGAUUCAAACCUACCGAAACAAUUGUUCUCUUUCGGUAUGAUUAAUUAAUAUUUAUCAAUUUCUAUUAUAUCUCAUUAUUAUUAUUAUUAUUAUUAUUAGAAAUGACCAUAAAAAAUGCUAAUGUAGAUUCGAGACGAUAGAGAACAAUAAUCUGAA